AUGGCUGUUCGUGUCAGAGGAUUGACUGAUAAUCAUUUUGAAGAAUUUGAUUAUACAAGAAGUUUAGAAGAGGAAUGGGAGCCUAAGCCUGGAAUGGUUUAUGAUUCGUUAGAGAAUCUUGUUCAAGACUAUAAAAGCUAUGGAAAUAAGAAGGGUUUUGCAGCUAUUAUACGAUCAACAACAAAAGGAGAUGAUGGAGAUGUAAAAUAUGUGGCGUUGGCUUGUUCUUGUCAUGGCAAGGCUAGAAGUAAUUGCAGGAAUGCUUUUAAAAUGCAUCCAAUGACAAAAACAGAUUGCAAGGCUCGAAUUCAUGCAAGCAUACGUUUCGAUGGUAAAUGGACAAUAUCUUCAAUUAUAUUAGAUCAUAACCAUGAACUCAGUAGUCCUACCAAGACUAGAUACUUUAAGAGCAAUCGAAUAAUACAUCUAUCUGUGAAAAGAAAGCUUGAAGUGAAUAAUAAGACUGACAUUAGACCAAAUAAAAAUUUCAAUGUUUUAAUAGUUGAAGUAGGCGGUGCUGAAAAUUUGCCGUUCCUACAAAAAGAUUGUAGGAAUUAUAUUGAAAAGGUAAGAAGGCUACGACUUGGUGUUGGAGAUGCUUCUGCAAUUCAGAAAUAUUUUCUUAAAAUGCAAAGUGAGAAUUCAAAUUUCUUCAACACAUGA